CCCGGUGGAUCGGGGAGGCGCCUCUGGCGGCGGCUCUAGGGCCCGCCCCGCCGCAGUGACUCGCUCGGGCGUGGUGGGUCCCGCAGUCCCGUCCCGGCCGCUGACACAGGCCCGCUGCAGGCAGAGCCCGGAGCCCCGCAUCGCCUCCCGCAGCCCAUCUUUUCGCAGUUCUUCCCCCAGCUAGGAAACCGCCCCGAUGUUCCUGGUCAAGAACUUCCUUGGAGGAGGAGGAGGAGGGGGAGGAGGAGGCGGAGGUGGAGGCUUCGGAGGGAACAUUGGGAAUGUGAUCGGAGGAUUCCUGAGUGGCGGCGGUGGAGGAGGACGGGCUGGAGGUGGGGGAGGCGGUGGCGGAGCCAUGGGCAUCAUUGGAGGAGUGAUCAAUGCCAUCAGCGAAGCAGCAGCUCAGUAUAAUCCGGAGCCACCGCCCCCUCGCAGCCACUUCUCCAACGUGGAAGCUAACGAGAGUGAGGAAGUACGCCAGUUUCGGCGCCUCUUCACGCAGCUGGCUGGAGAUGAUAUGGAAGUGAGCGCCACUGAGCUGAUGAACAUUCUCAACAAGGUGGUGACCAGACAUCCCGACCUGAAGACGGACGGGUUCGGGAUUGACACCUGUCGCAGCAUGGUGGCCGUCAUGGAUAGCGACACGACCGGGAAGCUGGGCUUCGAGGAGUUCAAGUAUUUGUGGGGGAACGUCAAGAAGUGGCAGGUAGAGAGGUGGGGGGAGGGGGGCGGCUAUCACGCGUGGCUGAGAGCCGACCGUACCCCCCCUCCGGGUGUGGGGACAGGAGUGGGAACGAGAGACCUUGGGGAUCCCAGUCUGGGGGGGAGCCUGGACGCCAUGUUUCGUGCCUUCAAGUCUCUGGAUAAGGACGGGGACGGGCAGAUCCGGGUGAACAUCCAGGAGUGGCUGCAGCUCACCAUGUACUCCUAAGAGCCGGCGCGCCAGCCUGGACCGACGGCCCGGAGCGCGCCCUGGCCUCUCCGGGCUCCAUGCUGCGACCUGGGCCUCUCCACGCCAGCUGCGACCCGCCCUUCUCUUUGCUUUUUGAUUUCCAACCCUCCCCGCUCCCUGGAAGACCAGAUGUCCUCUGCUCUCCAUCCCCCACCCUCGCCAGCUCUCCUCCGGGUCACUUGUGGGGGAGGGAGGGGGCAUAAAACGGCUUCUGCUUUCGAGGUAUGUUUGCUGGCAUAUGAUCCACGCUUCAUUGAUCCCUCUUCGGGCCCCAAGGAUCUCCCAGCUCCGGCGGGAGGGGGCAGAAACGAAGCCAAACGCGGCAAUCAAUGGAACCAUUGACCCCUCCCCACGCGCCGGCGGAUUUUAAUUUCUCAUCGGCUCGGGUUCCGGCUCCCUCCCUGGCUGGAAUUUCCUCGGCUGAGUGGGAGCCAACCAGGCCAGUUCCUUCCCUGCAUGCAGUGUCUCCGCCCAGGCCCUAGAGAGGCCAGGCAUGGGCCGGAGCAGGGACAGGUGGAAAAGCUGUUGACUGGGCAGACGCACCUGGCUCUCUGUCUUCCUUUAGGUCAUGUAUAGCGAUUUUUUCAGGCUGCUACGGUAGAGGCUUGUGCUUUUUUAGGUCCGGAGGUGCUGGGUUCGAUCCCCGCAGACCACCCAAGCCAGGGAGGCAUCGGAUGGGCAUCAAGUGCCCCCCGCCCCCAAGGGCAUCAGGUGAGGCCGCUGCCUAGCUGGGGCACAUGCAAAUCCGGGGCUGCCCCGUUCGGUCGUGGCAUUUUCGAAGGCAGGAGGGAUGCCCAGACUGUUGGGGGUUUGCCGUGGAACGUACCGGCUGUCUCUAUCAUUGACGCCCACCGUGUUUUCUAAAGCUCAGUAGAAAUGAUAAUAAAGUUCUAUAAUAACAUGUCA